AGUGCGGAUUUCCCAGGCGCCAGAGGAGAGAAGUUUGGCUUCGGCGAGUGGCGGGGGCUGGGUUUGUUGACACUGCCCCCCCCCCACGCCGAUUAUAAAGGAAAACACAUUUUAUCAAGAAAAAACAAAUCAAGACUUUGGAAAGGCAAAUGUGAUCUGCUAAAAGUUUGCAUCUGUGAAGGGGGAGACUCAGAUUAGUAGGCCUCAAAGAUCUUCAGUUGCUGCAUAGCUUCCUGUUUUUGGGAUUGCUGUUGUCUCCAUUUUCAAUGAAAGACACACCAGCCAACACCCCAUAAUUUUUAUUUUCAUUUUCUUCGAGACAUGACCAGCUGAAAAAAGGGGAGAAUAUCUGAGAAACGCAGGCUGGGUUGGCCUCACAUCUCCACUGAAGAACCAGAAGCUGUUCUUCCAGGAAUGAAAAUGGAGGACCGAGACUUAGAAGGCCUAAAGCCUCUGGCGGGAUUGGAGGGCAAGGGGAAAGGCCCAAACACCAUACAAUUUGGAACCAAAAGGGGGCUUCUUGGGUGGGCACCUCCGCAACAGGUCAAACAGGAACCCAACGAGGGGCUGCCCCGGUGCUGGGAAUCCCAGUUGGAAGACUUGCCAAAGGCAGGGCAGUCCCUUCAUUCAGGUCGAGGAAACCGGAAACUGUCAGAGCCUGCCCCUUGGGACGACACGAAGGCAACCCUGGUGCCUUUCAAGGGAGCUGUGGAAGGCAGUCUGUGGCACCGAAAAGAAGGCCCACCCGGGCAAAUUCCGGUCACUGAAAGGGGCGGAUUUGAGGCAGCAAAGGAGGAGGUCCAGGGCGGGGACACCCUCAGCAGGGAAACACACCGCCAGCGCUUCAGGGAGUUCCGCUACCAGGAGGCCGAAGGGCCCCGCGAGGCUUGUGGCCGCCUCUGGUACCUCUGCCACCGGUGGCUGAAACCUGAGCGAUAUUCCAAAGAGCAGAUUCUGGAGCUGCUGAUCCUGGAGCAGUUCUUGACCAUUCUGCCUCCAGAGCUCCAGAGCUGGGUGACGGAAAAUGGCCCCGAAACCUGUGCCCAAGCGGUGGGCCUGGCUGAGGAUUUCCUGCAGAUUCAACAGGAUGCCAAGAGGAGGGAUCAAAAGCAUACACGGACGGAGACUGACGUGAAGAACUCUCGGCUGGCUGUGGAACACUUCCCGAUGGCUGAGUCCAUUCCAAGCCCCUCGGAUGUUAACCUUCCUUCUCCAGAGCCCCGACGCAGGAGGGACGCCUGGUCCCGCAAGGAGACCAUCGCCUUCAUUGACAUCUGGAAAGCAGAAGAUGUUCAGAUUGCUCUGGGGCAGCAGUACCGCAACAUGAAGCUGUUUGCAUGGAUUGCGGACCGCCUGCGGGAGCGGGGCUUUGAGCGUGAUGCAGAACAAUGCCGCAGCCGAGCUAAGGACCUCAAGAGGGGCUACAAGGAGAUCAAGUGCGGGAAUCUUCAUUCUGGCCGGGCCCCCAAAACUGCCCCCUACUUCAAGCUCCUGGAGCAGUUUUUGUGCCUGCGGAAAGGCAUUGUUUGCGGCAAGGUGUGCGGUGCUGGCGUGGUGGAGCGACUGGACAAGAGACGGAAGCGGUUGCCAUUAAACCCCAUGGCAGCCACCAGGAUUGCACGAGAAGCCACCAAUCCCACACCUGUGGCUCAGGAGACAGAAGCCCCAGAACGGUACGUCACGCCAACUGCAUCUUCAAAAGAGCUGCAGGUGACCCCAGGCGACCACAUGUUGCAACCCCCAAAAGUGUCCAAGGAAGACAAUGUGCAAAUUGUGGAAAAAGUGGACCCCCCUGUGCGGAAUAACCCUCCAUUGCUGCCCCCCAGAGAAUCUCCUGCUGAUGUCCAGGUAGCUGAUGCUGGAGAGGAGCAUCCAAGGUUGCCCAUCAGCAACGUGGAGCGCAUGCGCUACCGGCGGGAGCGCAACUGGAGGCAGCGCUUGGAGUCCACGAGACGCACGACUGAGUCAUCUGCUUCAAAGUCCCAUUCUGACCUAGUGGACACCCUCCGGCAGCUGCACCAGCAGGACCUGAGGGCAUUCGAAAACACGAGGCGGGAGGAGAGGGCGGAAGACAAGUUGGAGAGGCGGCAGGAGAAGCAGGAGCGUGAGCAGGACCGGGUCACGACCCACCGCAUGAUAGCUGCCAUCGAGAAGUCCCAUCAGACCCUGGCGGAUCUCAUGGGAAGGCAAACCUCUGCUAUGGAGACUAUUGCCACUGCCUUUUCAGCCCAGAGAUAUCCUUCUCCCAGCCCCUUUCCGAGCUACAAUAUGUACCCGGGGUUCAGCCCCCCCUGGUCUGCUCCGCACUCUGUUCCCAACACUGGUGAGAAGCAGGCAGGUACUUCUGGAAGCAAUGCGACCCCUCUGCAUUCUCCUGGCCAUGACGAACCCAGAGGGCAUGUUUCUUCUGAAGUGCAAAACGAUACUGGGCCUGACCGGGCUCCAUCCUUAAUUGGGCCUUCCACCAGCUUCCACUCUGAGACUGAUCCUUUCCCUCCUCUGCUGAUUCCCAGUCCUGAGCAGGUCUCUGGAGCUUCGUCUGCUGCCUUCGGUGCCAGUCCAAAGCAGGUCAUGAAGAGAAAAAACUGUGACUGAGGGAAAAUCGGCUCCCAUGCUUUUAACUCUGACCAAGUUUUCUUUUUUCUUUCCAAGCGA